AUGUUUAAAAGGUUUGUAUCAUUUAAGGCAGCUGGUAAGUUGAAGCUAGCAGAUUUGAACAAGCUGACAAUAAAUGCAAAAUAUGCUGUCAGAGGAAAGAUUCCUAUUAGAGCCGACGAGCUCAAAGAACAGUUGAACGACACGAACAAUGAGUUGCCGUUUAAGGAGAUUAUUUAUGCUAAUAUUGGUAAUCCACAACAAUUGGACCAGGCUCCAUUGACAUGGUACAGACAGGUGUUAUCAGUUUUGCAAAACCCUAAGUUAUUGAAUUCCCAGAUUGAUUAUCCGAAGGACGUGAUUGAUAGAGCUAAGAUUUUAUUGGAGAAUGUGGGAUCGGUGGGUGCCUAUUCCCAUUCACAGGGGACUCCACAUGUCAGAAAAUCAGUUGCAGAUUUCAUCACAAGAAGAGAUGGAUUCCCUAGUAACUCAUCGGACAUCUUUUUGACCAGUGGUGCUUCCGCCGCCGUGUCUUAUUUAUUGCAGGUUUUAUCGAGUAGUGAUCGCUCAGGGUUUUUGAUUCCCAUCCCCCAGUAUCCGUUAUACACUGCUACUAUUGCCUUGAAUGAUGCCGUUCCAAUUGGAUACUAUUUGAACGAAGAAAACAAUUGGUCUACCAACCCUACUCAAAUUAGAGAGUUGAUCAAAGAAAACAACGAGAAGGGUAUUCAAAUCAAAGCGUUGGUUGUUAUUAACCCGGGUAAUCCUACUGGCUCUAUCUUGUCGUAUGAUAAUAUAGUUGAGAUCAUUAAUAUUGCUGCUGAACAUGGAAUUGCUAUUAUUGCAGAUGAAGUAUACCAGGAAAAUGUAUUUGAAGGAGAGUUUGUUUCGGUGAAGAAGGUUUUAUCGAAGUUGAAUAGGCUUGAUCCUCAAGCCUACAAUAAUGUGCAAUUGGCUUCAUUACAUUCUACAUCGAAGGGGGUGAGUGGCGAAUGUGGACAAAGAGGCGGAUAUAUGGAGUUAGUUGGAUUUUCAAAGGAAGUGAGAGAUAUAAUUUUUAAAUUGGCCUCAAUUAACUUAUGCUCUGUUGUUUCUGGACAAACCUUAAUGGAGCUAAUGAUUAAUCCCCCAACUCCAGAAUCCCCAUCGUAUGAGUUAUACAAAUCUGAAACUUCCAAGAUCCACAAAUCUUUACAGUCAAGAGCCGACUUGUUAUAUAAAUCUUUCAUUGAAAUGGAAGGUAUAACUUGUAAUAAACCUAUGGGUGCCAUGUAUCUAUUCCCUAAGUUGAAUUUUACCCCAAAUUCAUAUUCAAAAUUAUUUGAGGCUUCUGAAAACAUUGGUGCUACAAUAGAUGAAGUAUAUUGUAUUGAAUUAUUAGAAAACACUGGUAUUUGUUGUAUCCCUGGUUCAGGAUUUGGUCAAGUACCAGAUACGUACCAUUUAAGGACUACAUUCUUACCGCCAGGGUCGAAAUGGAUUGAUAGAUGGGUUGAAUUUCAUAAUGAUUUUAUAGCGAAGUACAAAAACUGA